ACCUUGCAGCUCUGCUGGGGGUCCUUUGCAUGUACAGUUCUCUGUGUGCACUGUUGUGCCUUUAUCUGUUCUUUCUGCUGUUCAUAUUCCUCCUGUGAAAUGCUCUGAUGAUGAGGAGGAGGCUGACUCGCAGAUCGGAAGCGCUCCUCCUGGUCAGCCUCGGCUGCCUGGCCGCUCUCGUCUAUUUCUUCCAAGCUGACCUGGGUCGUGUAGUCUGGGGACGCGAGCAGGGGUACCUCGGAGCUGAGUUACAGGAUGCAAAAGACGUGCUGGAGGACUCCAACGAGCAGUUCGAUGCUUUUGAUGAGAGGAGAUACCUCGAUGCUAAACGUUGGAAACCCGGUGAAGAUCCUUACAAGCUUUAUGCCUUCAACCACCGAGAGAGUGGCAGGGUUCCUAGCAAUCGGGGGAUCAGGGACACCAGACAUUACAGAUGCUCCAUGCAGCAAUACAGUGCAGAGCUUCCACCCACCAGCAUCAUCAUCACACUCCAUAAUGAAGCCAGGUCAGCACUGCUGCGGACUGUCAGGAGGUGA